AUGUCACAAUCCAACAAAAAUAGUUGGUUGACCAUCUCAUUCCAGGGCAACACCUAUCCACUCUAUUCAGCCGACACUCACCAGUGUGCGCACCGAACCCUCACUAUCGACGGCGUACCAUACCGUCAAUCGAACGCAGUUUACAACGCCACGCUCACCGACAAGUCGUCUCCCCGCGAGACUCGUACUGUCAUCGCCAAGCUGGCUUUCAACGUUAGCCAGUAUCAAGGAAUUCUGAGAGAGGCCUCCUUCUACAAGCAGGAGUUGGUGCCGUUGCAAGGCAAUGUUGUCCCUAAGUUCUAUGGCUUCUACGAUGGGGAGGCAGACGGGGGUAUCAUUGGUUGUCUUCUCCUCGAGAGAUACACUGCGAUCCCCAAGUCCCAGAACGUAAUCGAGACUUGCCGCCAGACCUUGCUGGGAAUCUGCAAGUUGCAUCAACUCGGAGUGUAUCAUGGUAGCCUGGGCACCAGCACCAGAGACAUCCUGUCCACGAUAAGCGGCCCGCGGAUUAUAGACUUCUCGAAAGCCUUCCGUCAUCAGUGUGUAGGUUGUACGCCCCAGCUGGUAAAUAUUGGCGGGGCAGUGGCCACUGAUAUGUGCGGCUGCUUGGAGCUUUCGGAAGCUGAGAAGAUUUAUGGAUGCAUGGAAACAUUUCAGGGGAUCGAGCAUCGUAAACAAGAACACGCCCAGGCAAUGCGUGCGCACAUGCAAUACCUUGAUCAAUACAACCAAUACAGAGCGCAAGCACAAGCCUACAAUCAAGCCAUGGCAACGGUCCAUCUGGCCUCGGGAGCACCACCUCCUGCCCGAUGGUAG